UCUCGCGGGGGGACACGACUAGAGCGAGGCGGGGCCGAGAUCGAGCCCGGCCCCGUUGGCAUAUCGCGACAACCCCGAGAAGCUGAGGCAAAUCCCGGUGGCGCCGUGAGCAGGGGCCUGGCGCAUGUGCGGAUUGAGGAGCACCUUAACCCCGGGAAAUCCAGAUCUUUGCUUCUAUUUAGGAACUGCUGGAAUGAAGAGGGGAAAGAAAUCAUCCUUAGUGUGGUUAAAAUCAUUAAUUUCCAAGUCUUUCACAGAGGUCAAAGUUUUCUUCCAAAACGGUGAAUUUAUGUCUUGGGAAGAACAUCAGAGAUUGUAUCCUUUCUGUACCACUGCUCCCACCAUGCAAGAAUCCUGGAAAAGACUACCUCAAGUGGAUUGCUGUCUUCUGCCCAGUAACUCUGCACAGCGCUGGAUCCUGCUUUAUGUAAACGGGAUUUAUUACAUCUUCUACUUCUUGGUGACUCUUGCAAUGAUUAUUUACAAAAGUCAAGUUUUCAGUUAUCCAGAUGAUCUUUUGGCUCCUGAUCUUACUGUGCUUUUUCUUAUGGCCAUUCUGGAAGUGCCUCGAUUGUACUUGGGUUUCAAGGGUAACCUGACAGAAGCAGAGGCGCCGCUGGGGCUGAGCCUGGGGCUCACGGUGGGCAGCGUGGUGCUGUGUGUGUACCUGCUGCUGUGGCAGACCUACGUGCUGUGGGCAGAUGUGCUCCUCAACGCGCUGCUGCUCUCGGCCUACGGACUCGAGUCGGGGCUCAAGGUCACGGCCAUCGCUGCCUUUGUCAGCUGAGCCCGGCCCCUUCCCACAUGCCUGACACACAUUCCUUCUCUGAAUGAGUGGGGCUUUAUUUCCACUAUGGAAUUCCUAUGUAUGUAAAUACCCUGUAAAGCUUCUCUCUGUUUAAAUUAGAAGUUUUGGGGACAUAGAUAUCCUGCCCGGGAGCUGUGUGAUGCUGUCCACCAUUGGCUUAUUUAUGGCAAAGGCAAGGGAUUAAUUGCAAAACACUUAACACUCUGGCAUUCACCAGGGAUCAGUACUAAAUAUCCAUUCCCAGCACAGGAUAGGAGCCAGUGCUGCUGGCAUGGUGGGAGUUUUCAUGGCACAGCAGCAACAUGCAGCCCAAAUGACACAGAAACAAAUCAGGCCAGGGCUCACUUGUGCUUUGCCACGCACACGUCCGUGUUUGAGGGCAUGGCUGCUCUGCUGCUCUCAUUUGUGUUUCCAGACCUCAGUGGUAAUUUCCCUGACUUUAGUAGGGCAGAACCUGAUGUAUCCCAGUGGGGGAGAGUAGAACUGGGUUUUGUGCAUACCUGGAGAACCAAGCCACAAGGUUUGGCAGCCAGUUCUUACACAUUAUUUGAGGGGAUGUUUGGUUAAACAGGAUGGUUUUAAUAUGAACAAAACCAUUCACCAUUCAUUCUCUCUUCUGUCCUGUUUAAAAGUCCAACAGAAUGUUAGCAGCUUUAUUUCUAUUUGGUGUUAAAUGUGCUUAUUUCUGCAAUUUUUCAAAAAUUAGUACAGUCCAGCCUUUUCUAACUGGUGCAAGUGCAGAGUUUUUUACUGUCUCAAAAAUAUGUUGUAAUGGAAAGCUUUGGGAGUUCCUGGUGUUUUGAAGAAGCCUAUUUUCUAUUCAGAAUUUCCUAUUUUUAUAUUUAUUUAUUCAUUCAAAUAAAUGAUGUUUUGGAUCUAA